UCUUCAUUUUCUUAGUUGUAUUUUUCAUUUCUCUCUCCAUUUUCUGUCUCUUAAAUUUACUUUCUCUCUCCUGUUUAUACGUUGCGAAAUUCUCCCUCCCUUUUCGAUCUUGAUUUUCAUUUGCUUUAAAUUCUCACUGUAUUCAACUCAAUUUCACUCUUUGUACAUUAAAUUUUCUUCUUUUAGCUGAAAUUAGGGUUUGAUGUUUGAAUUAGGGCUUAUGCAAUAGUGUUGCUUUUGCUAGAAGGUGAUGAAAUCGAUCGAAUUUGAUCUUAUUUAGUGGAAUUAUAAACUGAGUAAAGUCGUUCGGCGAUUUAUGCGGAUUCUUUGCUUCGAGUAAUUUGCAUGGUUAAAGUGAAGGUUUUCGGUUAUUUUUGAGUUCAUGAAGUUAGGGUUUUGGUGACUUAGGUUGGUUGAAUUUAUUGGUAUUACUAUUUUGGCUCAAAGUAGCUGGAAUUAAGGGUAUUUUAUAAGAGAGUUAAUGGUUUCUUGAUGGUUUUGGAUGUUUGAUAAAUUUUAGUCAUCUUGAAGUCGGAGAAGAAGAAAAAUGUUUUAUUCGCAGUUUAUAUUGGCAAAGAAAGGACCUUUGGGUACUAUAUGGAUUGCAGCUCAUCUGGAGCGGAAACUUCGAAAGAAUCAAGUUGCUGAUACUGAUAUUGGAGUUUCUGUUGAUUCAAUUCUUUCCCCAGAUGUUCCAAUCGCACUCCGCUUGUCUAGCCAUUUGCUGCUAGGUGUUGUUAGAAUAUAUUCGAAAAAAGUUAAUUAUCUCUUCGACGAUUGUAGUGAGGCUUUGCUUAAAGUCAAGCAAGCCUUUCGCUCUACUGCAGUUGAUUUACCUCCUGAGCAGUCCAAGGCACCCUACCAUUCAAUUACUUUGCCAGAGACAUUUGAUCUUGACGAUUUUGAGCUUCCAGACAAUGAAGCAUUUCAAGGCAAUUUUGUGGAUCAGCAUGUUAGCACGAGAGAGCAAAUUACUCUACAAGAUACCAUGGAUAGUGUGUCUUUUCCAACAUCACAAUUUGGUCCUGAUGAGCGUUUCGGUGAUGGUGAUGCAUCUCAGAUCGGUUUAGAUCUUGAUGAGGAACUUUUAAUGGACAAGGAAGAUGAUGCAGGAAUAAGUGGUGUUCUUGUUAGCACAGAUGUUGGUCCUGAGACAUCUACCAAAGAACCUGCGCCGUCCAAAGGCAAUGAGCUGGGUGAGGAUGUUUCUGAUCCCCCUGCAACCGUAAAUUACUUUAGUAUCCAGGCACCUUCUACUCCAGGACUAACAGAAGAGCCAAACUUGCCGAACUCUAAGGAGGAAAUACUGGUCAGUGAUGAUCAUAUUGAUGAUCACAUGGAUAAUCAUAUGGACGAGGACAAUAUCCCUUCUGAACUGGCUGGAAAAGAAGUGUUUGGAACUGCUUCAGGUCCUAUCACUCCCUCUGAUUUGGGUGAUGCUGGUUUUCGCUCUAACGGAAACUUUCAUUAUGUGGAUGGGAAGGACAAUGACAAUGAUGGGACUCUUGGAACUGAGUCUCUGGAUUUCAAUUCAUCUGGGUUUGCUAAACCCGAUGUUUUAAAUGAGGGUUUGGUGGCAACCAACAAUGUGGGAGCUGCUAUUCCAAACUCGAGUCCUCUAGAUAAUGAACAAAUAAUUGAUGUUCAUGACUGUGCUAACUACGCUGGCUUCAACAAAACUGAUCUUAAUGGCAUGCACCAUCCACUCCUUAAUAUCAGAGAGGAAAACAAUAAACUAGAUGGCCCUGCUAUGCUAGGCAAUUUUGAAGCUGCGACUCAUGAUUCUGAACGUAAGAAUUCAUUUCAACCAGGUCUAAAUUUGGAAGAUGCUGAGACAUUUGAGUUCAAUGUUGAGAAGUCAUCAGACUUUGCUACUCCCGUGCUUCGUGUGUGCGACUCCAAAGUCCCUUAUUGUGAUGGAGCGGAUAAUUUGUUCAAUUCCUCAAAUUUCCCAGCUCAAGAUGAUGGGAGUUCAUAUGCGACCUUCGGAAGGGAAGGUGCAACUAAUGUUACUGGUAUUUCUACAACUUUUAAAGAUGAAGUGGAACCAAUGUCAAUGGAAGACCAGGCAGCUCAUGAAGUUACUUGUGGUGCUGGCAGAAACUUUGAAGGACAGUUAGACAACCUAACUGCAGAAGAAAAUCAUUCAGAAAAGGAAACUAGCUUAAAACUUUCUGAUUUUCCACCUCCUGAAAUGUUGCUGUCUAUGCCAAAUUUGCCAGCUGGUCCUUCUCACAACUUUCUUGCUGAAUCUACUCCUGGUGAACAAGUCUUUACAAAGAAUGACGAUGCUACUGAUGAAAACCUCGUAUCUGGGAGGAAACGAAGUUUUACUGAGAGUACUUUGACAGUACAGAGCUUUAAUUCAAUUGAAUCCUAUGGUGGAGCUCAGUCCAAAGGAACUGUGGAAUCUAUUCCUGAUGAUAAUGACUUGUUAUCCUCUAUAUUGGUUGGAAUAAAGUCUACGGGAUUAAAAUUGAAGCCUACUCCACCUGCUCCUGAUACGGUACGCACAAAGCGCCAGAGGACUGCCACUCGUUCAGUUUCUCACAAGCGUAAGGUGCUCGUUGAUGAUUCUACUGUACUACAUGGCGACACGAUCAGGCAACAGCUAACAAAUACUGAAGACAUACGUCGUGUUCGGAAGAAAGCUCCUUGUACACACCUUGAAGUUUGGGUGCUUCAGAAGCAAUUUUUGGAGGAUGAACUUUUCAGUGAACCUGUAUUUACAGGAAUGUGUUCGGCCUUUAGAUUAUUGGAUGAUGAUGAAUUUGAUCUGAGUGGAAUCAGAAUUUUAAGAGAUGAUAGGAACAAGGAAACAAGUGAGGCUGACAUGUCAAUGAGGCCACCCUCACUUGUUGAGGAACCAGAAGCUGUGGGGGCCGUUGAGCCCCUAACUGCUGACAUUUCUAUAAGGCCAAAUCUCAAUGACAAAAAUGAUGCUAUAGGAACUCUUGUAUCCUCUACUGCGGGAGAUGAGGUUUUGCAAGGGAGUGGUGGGAGUUUGUUGGAGACUCCAAGUGAACGAGAAUCAGCACUACUUAUGGAUGGUAGUAAUCUGCUGAAGGAGAUGCAGGCAGGUGAUAAUGAGAUCAUGAAAGAGAUGUUAAAUUUUGACCGAGAAAUGGCUGGUUUAGAAUUUGAUUCUAUGAGAACUCCAGUUUGUGGUGAUGCUAUUCCAUCAGUUGCUUCUGGGGCUGAUCGAGUAUCUUGUCCUGAUAGUGUUUCUGAAGUAAACUCAUCAGAAUAUAAUAAAGUUGAUACACUGUCUGUUGAAACAUCUACUGAUGUUGUGACGGCCAUGCACGUUGAUGUGUCCGGUCAAUUACAUACUGUGGAAGAUGUUUCUGGAUCAUGUGUACGAGAGUUUGAGAUAGACAAUGGUGUUUCUGAGAAAGCUAUCAUAGAUGAAAGACGUGAAUAUAUAUCAGAGAAACAUGACAGCCUUGAUAUAAACCUAGUUACAGGGCAGGAUUCGUUUUCUUCACCUGUCCACGAUUUCAGGAUCUCGGAGUCUGUUGCUCUUGAUGAGAGGGCUGGCCCUACGUUGGAUCAGGUUGAUGAUUGUCGUGAUGUUAAGCUUGGAAUUGCAAAUAAUGAUAGAACCCAUGAUAUAGGCCUUAGAGAUGACGAGUGCCGCCUAACAUCAGACAAUAUUGGUGAGUAUAUAAGGUUAGAUUCAUCGGUAGAAACAUUAAGUUCUCAGAAGACCACAUUAAAUGAGGGCGAGGGUCUUCCGUUUUGCGAUGAUGAUGCAAAGAUUGGGAUGGAAUCCACCUCCAUUCUUCCUGAGUUUAAUGACAUCAGAAACAAUACUGAAUUUGGGGUAGAUGCUAUCGAGCACGAUACAGAUUUUUUGAAUGUCGAUGAUGAUGAUGCUAUUGAAGAUUAUGAAAGCGAUGUGCUCGAUACUGAAGAGAGACGCAUUCUGGACAAUAGUGGCUGGUCUUCACGUACCAGAGCUGUUGCCAACUAUCUCCAACUCAUGUUUGAAAAGGAAUCUGACCAAGCGAAGAAGGUUGUUUCCUUGGAAAACCUAUUGAUUGGGAAAACUCGUAAAGAAGCAUCAAGAAUGUUUUUUGAGACAUUGGUGCUGAAGACUAAGGAUUACAUUCAAGCGGAACAGGAGAGCUCUUUUGGUGAUGUUCAAAUAAAACCUCGGGGAAAGCUCUUGAACUCGAGCGUCUAAUCCUACACAUAAAAACACUGGAUGGCAGAUUGGUGAAUAGCUAUGUAGCCUAGUUAGAUGACUCUAGCUUAGAUUGUGGGAUCAUGGUCCAUGGAUUCAUGGCGUUCUUCUUAAUGUAUUCUUUCACGCAAGUUAUAUGCCUUUUUCCUUUUUUUUUUUUUUGGUUUAUAAGUAGGUUAGGUCAACAUGGGGGCUGAAAAUAUAGAUGUAUCAUGGGUAGGGAUCGGAAUGUCUUGUAAUGUUGAUCCAGUAUUAAUAUUUGUAUAUAUUACUAUAUUCUUCAAGCUGUUUUUUUAAAUGCACCAUAUUAUCUUUUUAUUACACUUUUACUUGAUCUCUGGGUUUUUCAAUUUUUACUUAUAAACAAGUGGAA